UUUUCUAACGGGGUUUAAAAAAACGUAAACAAACGGGUGUCCCUUUUUUACGAGGAAACGGUUAACAAUUCCGUCAAAACCGUUAAUUUAAUUAGAAACUGAAAAAUGUUUAAAGAUUCUGCUGUUGAAAUCUGACGAAAUUUGCGUGUUUUCCCCGUUGUUUUAAAACCAAACCACCCGAAAAAAUGUUGAGCGAUUACUCACAGCUUUCUUCAGAUGGGGACGAAUCGAGCAGCUGCCUGGAGGAGGAGGACGAAGAAAUUUUGUUCCGACUGAGCAGUGGGUUGGAUAAGGAACAAGUUGGGGAUCGAAAAUGUGUCAUCAUCAAUCAGUAUGCCCAGGAUGUGAUCGAUUUCAGCUCCCAGUAUGGGAGCGAUACCAGCAUAUCCUACACGGCUUACAAUGUUACGGGGAAACCUUCGAAGUAUCCGGAUUACGGCGAUUUUCCGGAGUCUUUUGCUUUCCGAACUUACGGUCCCUGGUGGAAGAGGGCUCCCUCCUCCAGAACAGAGUUCCAUCAACAGGAUUACUAUCCGAUCGACGAUUAUUUGGUAGUUCGCUUCGAAGAACCGGUUGUACCCGAAAGUAUUAAGGUAUUCGAAACCUACAAUCCGGGAGCAAUUGUUCGACUCUGGGCUUAUACACUUGAAGGCAGUUGGUUCUGCUUGUGGGACCAAGCUCAGGAAUCGCCUGACGAAAACCAACCAUUAGAAACUAACAAAGCUCGUGUAUUUUUACCUAAAUUGAAUCCUGCCCCUGGCCCGACUCGAUACAUUCGAUUGGAGUUCAAUCACAAGAAUUUAAACUAUUCAACCCAACUCGAUGCGAUUCUGAUGAUUGGGAAAAAGUUCGUUCCCAGUUUGAGCGCCAGAAUUGGAUUGCAAAAGAACCGAGAGUUUAUCCGCAAAGGGGAAGAAACUUUCCAGGAGUUCUUACGCUCCGGUUACAACGGUAGCAGCUUGGAAAGUGAAGAAGAUUCUGGGAGUCGUUCCGAAACUCCAACUCGUAUGGAUUCGUUUGAACUGGAGCUUACUCUAGACAAGUUGCCAUACGACGUUCUGUUUAAGAUAAUGAACUUUUUGGAUUUGAAAUCUUUAUUCCGAUGUGGGCAAGUCUGUAGUAGUUUCUACUGUAUCGUCUCGGCUAGUUCCCUGCUCUAUGCGGAAGUAAAUCUAAAACCGUACUGGAACUGUUCCGAUGGCAGAUUGCUGCAAACUUUGAAGAAAAGAUGUGCCUACACCAAAAAGCUGGACCUUUCCUGGUGCGGUUUGUUCAACAAAAUAACGGCCUACGAUUUUAAAGAUUUCGUCAGCGAGUGUGGCUCCACAUUGACCCACCUACGGCUGGACUCUUGCAAAUUCCUCACAACAGGAAACUGUCUCGACAUCCUAGGCACCAAAUGCCCCAACUUGCGGGAACUUUCCCUUCAAAAUUACCAACCAGAGUCUCCCAGUUUCUCCGGACUUUUUUAUCUACACAAUCUUGAACGACUAGACCUGACCAGAACUUUUAUUGACACCCAAUCGUUACUUAAAAUCCUAGUUAACAAUCCAAAUCUUCAACACCUAAACAUUGCCUUCUGUCCCCUGGACGUCAACAUGGAUGACGUAGCUAUCCAGCUGGGCAAAACCAACUUAGCCCUAGUGUCUCUGGAUAUGUGGAAAAGUCACUCGCUAACGUCUCGAGGUCUACAAGCUCUCUCAAGCUGUCAUCUUCUGGAAGAAGUCGAUUUCGGUUGGUGCCUUCGAGAGGAACCUUCCCCGGGGGAAGCCAUUCGCAAUUUUGUGAAGAGUUGUCCUCAUCUUAAAAAACUCUUCCUAGCGGCCAUUCGUGGCCUAGGGGAUCGGGAUUUGGAAGUGAUUUCGCAUUGCUGCCGUAAUUUGGAGCAGCUGGAUCUGAUGGGAAUUCAGGGGAUUUCGACUGAAAUGUGCUACCGCAUUCUCUGCCAGUGUCGUCGGUUGAAGCUACUGGAUUUGAGCUUCUGUGAUAAUUUGGACAACCUACAGAUCGGUCUGUGGCGUGAGUGCUUCGAGGUGGACAUCAAACGGAGUUUGGCCGAUUUCGGACCGCAGCGGAGUGAGUUUUAAGGUCAUUUGCUUUGUUAUUGUCUUCGAAAGUGUCCCUUUUGUCAUCGAAUGCCUCGUUUUUGAGAGUUACUAAAUUUAUUGUGUGUUGUUUUAUUCUCCGUUCCAUUUAAAAAAAAAUAUUGAUCUCAGACCAGUUGUGUCACAUUUUACUUGUUCCUUUCAAUCGAGUUUUUUUAUAGUUUUUUUUUAAGAAAAAUAGAACAUUCCAUUAAAAUUUUUCAUAGAUAA